UGUGAGCUGGGUCAAUAACCCAGGUGUGAGCUGGGUCAAUGGCUCGACCCGGAGCGCUGGCGGCCGGAUACCCAUCUCAGAGCAUGGCGCGGGUGGUGGUUUGGGAAUGGCUGAAUGAGCAUGGCCGCUGGAGGCCGUACAGCGCCGCCGUUUGUCAUCACAUCGAAAAUGUCCUGAAGGGGGACGCACGCGGGACCGUCAUACUAGGACAGGUGGAUCCGCAGCUCGCACCGUACCUCAUCGACCUGCAGUCCAUGCACCAGUUCAGACAAGACACAGGCACAAUGCGUCCAGUUCAGCGCAACUUCUAUGACCCGUCCUCAUCCCCAGGCAAGGGCAUCGUUUGGGAGUGGGAAAACGACUGUGGGUCCUGGACGCCGUAUGAUAUGGAGCUGUGCGUCAGCAUCCAGAACGCUUACGAAAAGCAGCACCCGUGGCUGGAUUUGAGCUCUCUGGGCUUCAACUACCUGGUGGAUUUCGACAGCAUGUCUCAAACCAACCGACAGAGCCAACGAAAACGCCGCAUUCGCAGACGCAUGGAUCUAGCAUACCCGCUCAUCGCCGGAUCCAUCCCUAAAUCACAAUCCUGGCCUGUGGGAACAAAUUCGGGCACGCCAUGCUCCUGCCAGCAGUGUCUUCUAGUCCACAGCACCCGUGCAGCAUCCAACGCCAUUUUGGCUCUACAGCAGAGGAGGAAACUGUACGGAACAGAGGGCGGAGCCAAUCAGAACACUUCUACUGUCAGGCAGAGCAACACCUUCGCUGGCUCCUCCCUCUGGUCGCCCACGACGACCGUUGCUAGGGGACAUCAUAAUAAUCAUAACAACAUAUCAGUGGGUGGAGGGGGAGGAGGGAAGGCGGAGAUGAAUGGAGCGAACUUCCCAUUGGUGACGCUGCCAACCAAUCACGCGCUCACUAUUAACGGACAGAACAACCUGAACCGGCCGGGAACACAGCGGAUCACGGUGACGGCCAGCAGAGGAGCCGUUCCUGCAGGGGUUCCUGCUCUGCCUGUGAAGAAUCUCACUGGUCCUGGACCUGUUCAUCCUGCAUUAGCAGGAAUGACGGGUAUCCUGCUGUGCGCCGCCGGUCUUCCAGUGUGUUUGACUCGAGCUCCGAAACCCAUCCUUCAUCCUCCGCCGGUCAGCAAGAGCGACCUGAAGCCGGUGCCGGGAAUCAACAGCAUCCGACGCAAAACUAAGAAGAAACACCUUCGCAAAGGUAAAAGCCCGGAGGAUGUGGUCCGCCGCUAUACAGAGAAGAUCAAGUAUGCUCCAGAAGAGGACUGCACCAUCUGCAUGGAGAGACUGAGCUCUGCAUCUGGAUAUGAGGGAGUUCUGAGUUGCAAGAGCAUCAAGCCUGAGCUGGUGGGCAAACUGGGAAAAUGCGGACACUUGUACCACCUUCUGUGCCUCGUGGCCAUGUAUAACAACGGCAACAAGGAUGGCAGUCUGCAGUGUCCCACCUGUAAGGCCAUCUAUGGGGAAAAAACAGGCACACAGCCACCAGGGAAAAUGGAGUACCACAUUAUUCCUCAUUCCCUCCCGGGACACUCUGAUAUCAAAACCAUCCGCAUCGUCUACGACAUUCCUGCUGGAGUCCAGACAACAGAGCAUCCGAACCCUGGGAAAAAGUACAGCGCGAGAGGAUUUCCUCGACACUGUUAUUUACCAGACAAUGAGAAGGGACGCAAGGUGUUGAAGCUGUUGAUCACGGCGUGGGACCGUCGGCUGAUCUUCACCAUCGGGACGUCCAGCACCACCGGCGAGUCCGACACCGUCGUCUGGAACGAGAUUCACCACAAGACGGAGUUCGGCUCCAACCUGACGGGACACGGAUACCCCGACCCCAAAUACCUGGACAACGUGAUGAGAGAGCUGGAGGCACAGGGAGUAGGAGAGGAUAACCUUAAAGACUGACACACACACACACACAGAGACACAUGCACACAGAAGCAUGCACAUUCACACACAUGUAGACGUGCACAGACACACACACACACACACACACACACACACACACAGAGAAGCAAACACAUGACAGACACACACACAUGGACACAAACACACACAGAGACCGAAAGACACAGACAGAAACACACACACACACACACACACACACACACACACACACACACACAGACACGUGGAGACACACAGAGAGACAGACAGAUACACACAGAGAGGCACAUGCACAUACACACAUGUGGACACACACAGAGACAGUCAGAUAAACACAGACACACACACACACACAGAGGAAGAGAGAGACACACACACACACACACACAUACACAAAGACAGACAGACAGACACAUGUAGUGACACACACACACACACACACACACACACACACACACACACACACACACACACACACACACACACACACACACUGGUAUUUGUGGUUUACAAGGUCUCUCCAUCGUUGUAAUGUAUUCUAUACAGUAAAAACUGCUGAUGACAUGGCCUUACCCCAGCCCUGACCUAAACCCAACACUCACAGCAAACCUCUGGACAAUUUCAACCUCAAAAGACCCCAUUAAACAGGAUUUUCAAGUGUUUUGAAUUAUGAAGACACAAGGCAUGUCCUCAUAAUCCACCGCAAUAGAGUACAACAAGGUCCUACUCUUGUCAUUAUGCAAAUAUGUGUCCUUGUAAACCACCAAACCAGCACACACACACACAGUUUACCCACAAUGCAGCCGUGCUCAGAGCAGUGUACAUAUACAGAGCUUUAGCGCUUCACCGCUGGGGUUUCUCAAAAAGUCUCCACAGAUCCAGAGAUUAUAUGUGUGAUGAUAUCUCGGUUUAAUGCAGCGUUCACUAAACAUCUGAUUAUUACAGCAAUACUCACUCAAUGUUCAAAGAAAGCAGCUCAGCUAAAGGGAAAGUUCACCCAAACAUUUUAAUUUACUCAAUGUUUUCAUUCUGUUAAACUCAAGAAGAAGGUAUUUUGAAGAAAGCUGGAACCGGUAACCAUUGACUUCCAUAGUAGGAAAAACGAAUACAAACUGUGAUGGGAAAUACUGUCAACAUCUCCUUACUAGUGGUGUAGUCAGUGCUUAAUUUGUGAAUUGCGAGGUCCUGGAACAGAUCGGGGGAACGGAUCCAGCAUACUACCAGAGGAUGCAGAGGUGUCGCGCACGAAAAUAAGGAGCGGGGAGUGUGGGGGCUGAUAGCGGGCCGUUGGAUAGCGGAGGGGUG